AUGAACAGACAAACAUUAAGCCAAAUGAAACUGUUGCUUGAUAAAACGAUGAACGGAAUGGAACGAAACGAUGAUACCAGUCUCCUAGUACCACCAUUCAAAUACUGCGAUACGGUUGUUGCACUCCUUGGCUCGCGCGAGCAGUACUACAUCAGGUGCAGCGCUUCCGGUGCUGGAAAGCUCAAAGCGCGAUUUGACUCCGGGAGUCCGGUACUGUGA